UCCAACUCCCAACUCCCCCAGUACUCCUCGGAGCCAGUCUUCACUUCACUAGCUCCUCUUCAGAGUAGUAGUGAAGAACAAAACUCAAACAUGUUUUCCUCUACCAAUUUAUCUCUCUCUCUUCUUAUUCUAGCACUGCUUUUAUCUUUCUCCGCCGCGGGCAAGAGCAGUAAAUCGGCCCCCACCAAAAUCGGCCAAGGCUACCGCCUCAUCGCCGCUGAAGAAACCCCCGACGGCGGUCUCGUUGGCCACCUCCAAGUCAAGCAAAAGAACAAUGUCUACGGCCCCGAUAUCCCCAACUUACAACUCUUCGUCAAGCACGAAACAGAGGAUCGUUUAAGAGUCCACAUAACAGACGCGGAGAAACAAAGAUGGGAGGUUCCGUACAACCUCUUGCCACGGGAGAGUCCGCCGGCGCUGAAGCAGGCGAUCGGACGGGCACGGAAGAUUCCGAUCACGACGGUGGCGGCGUCGGAGUACUCCGGCUCCAAGCUGAUCUUCAGCUUCACGGCCGACCCGUUCGGGUUCGCGGUGAAGAGGAAAUCCGACGGCCAAGUGCUCUUCAACAGCAGCUCCGACGAGUCCGACCCCUUCGGAGAACUGGUCUUCAAGGACCAGUACCUCGAGAUCUCCACCAAACUGCCGAAGGAUGCGUCCCUAUACGGCCUCGGGGAGAACACACAGCCUCACGGGAUUAAGCUCUAUCCCAAUGACCCCUAUACACUCUACACUACUGACAUCUCCGCCAUCAACCUUAAUGCCGAUCUGUAUGGGUCCCACCCAGUGUAUAUGGAUCUUAGGAAUGUGAACGGUCAGGCUUAUGCCCAUGCGGUUCUGUUGCUCAAUAGUAAUGGCAUGGAUGUGUUCUAUAGAGGAACUUCCUUGACUUAUAAGGUCAUUGGGGGUGUUUUUGACUUUUACUUCUUUGCUGGGUCCACCCCUCUCGGUGUCGUUGAUCAGUAUACUUCCUUCAUCGGUAGACCGGCUCCCAUGCCUUACUGGGCUCUCGGAUUCCACCAAUGUAGAUGGGGAUACCACAAUCUCUCAGUCGUUGAAGAGGUCGUUGAGAGCUACAAAAAAGCUCAAAUCCCACUCGACGUGAUCUGGAACGACGACGAUCACACGGAUGGCAAAAAGGAUUUUACCCUUAACCCCACAAACUACCCUCGUCCCAAGCUCCUGGCAUUCCUAGAAAAAAUUCACAGCAUAGGCAUGAAGUACAUUGUCAUCAAUGAUCCAGGAAUCAGCAUUAACAGCAGCUAUGGCGUCUACCAACGCGGCAUUGCUAAUGACGUAUUCAUCAAGUAUGAGGGUGAACCUUACAUAGCUCAAGUAUGGCCUGGCGCUGUGCACUUCCCUGACUUCCUCAACCCAAAAACUGUCUCAUGGUGGGGGGAUGAGAUCCGCCGCUUCCAUGAACUAGCCCCCAUUGAUGGCAUAUGGAUUGACAUGAAUGAGGCUUCGAAUUUCUGCUCCGGGAAGUGCAGGAUCCCGAAGGGGAAGCAGUGUCCUAGUGGUACGGGCCCUGGAUGGAUAUGCUGCUUGGAUUGCAAGAACAUAACCAAGACGAGAUGGGAUGAUCCGCCCUACAAAAUCAAUGCCUCCGGUUUGCAGGCUCCUGUUGGAUUCAAAACCAUUGCCACAAGUGCGGUUCACUAUGAUGGAGUGUUGGAAUAUGAUGCCCAUAGUCUCUACGGUUUCUCUGAAGCUGUUGCAACCCACAAGGGACUUCUUGCGCUUGAAGGAAAAAGACCCUUUAUAUUGACUCGCUCAACUUAUGUUGGUUCAGGGAAAUAUUCUGCACAUUGGACUGGUGACAACAAGGGAACUUGGGAGGACUUGAAGUACUCAAUCUCAACCAUGCUUAACUUCGGUAUAUUCGGAGUUCCAAUGGUUGGUGCUGACAUAUGUGGAUUCUACCCUGGACCAACAGAAGAGCUCUGCAACCGUUGGAUCGAAUUAGGUGCUUUCUACCCCUUCUCGAGAGAUCAUGCCAAUUACUACUCGCCAAGACAAGAGCUUUAUCAAUGGGACUCAGUUGCUCAGUCUGCGAGAAACGCUUUGGGGAUGAGGUACAAGCUCCUUCCUUAUCUGUACACAUUAAAUUACGAGGCUCAUGUUACCGGCGCCCCCAUCGCCAGGCCACUCUUCUUCUCGUUCUCGACUUACACCGAAUGUUAUGGAUUGAGUACUCAGUUCUUGCUUGGAAGCGGUCUACUGAUAUCUCCAGUUCUUGAGCAGGGGAAAACAGAGGUCAAGGCUCUGUUUCCUCCUGGUAGUUGGUAUAGUUUGUUCGAUAUGACGCAGAUCAUUGUGUCGAAAGGAGGGAAAUAUGUUACGCUCGAUGCGCCUUUACAUGUUGUGAACGUUCAUUUGUAUCAAAACACCAUUAUUCCAAUGCAGCAAGGUGGACUGAUUUCCAAGGAAGCAAGGAAGACUCCUUUUAGUUUAGUGGUAACUUUCCCGGCAGGGGAAAGCGAGGGAAAAGCGAAAGGAAACCUUUUCCUUGAUGAAGAUGAGCUUCCGGAGAUGAAACUUGGAAAUGGGAAAUCCACUUACGUUGAUUUCUAUGCCACUGUGAGUGAAGGAAAUGUGAAAGUCUGGUCAGAAGUUCAGGAAGGCAAGUUUGCCUUGGAUAAUGCUUGGAUUGUUGAGAAGGUGACAGUGUUGGGAUUGGAUGGAAAUGGAGCUGCAUCCGCAAUUGAGAUCGGCGGAAUGCCAGUCACGAGUGUUGCGGGUGUGGAGGUGACUUCGUCGGAGCAGGUUCAUGUCGAUGACGACAAAGACGGAGGAGGGAACAUCAAGAGUGUUAUGGUUCAGGUUGGGGGAUUGUCAUUGCCAGUUGGAAAGAACUUUGUCCUCUCAUGGAAGAUGGGACUCAAAAAUUGAGUUUAGCUAGUCUAGGUCCUUUGAUUUGCUUCCCUCGCUCUGAGAUUAUUCAAGUUUUUUUUUUCUUUUUUCACCUUUUGUGUUUGUGAUCAAAUUAAGGUUCUUGUCGGAGAAGGAGAUGAGCUAAAAACAUGCUCAUCCCUGUCCAUGCAAACAAGGCAGGAGAGUGAGGUUUAGUUUCUUUCUUAAUGCUUUUUUAGAGGCUCUUUCCAUUGGAGUUGUAUCUUGAUAUGAAAUAAUGAAAGUUUCAAUCCUAAGAUGGCA